AUGGCGAUCGGCCCUCUUGGCAGGAUUGUUGCUCAAUUCAUUUUUGUUGCUGGCUCGGCUUUAGGGAGAGCUGUGGUGCAAGCAUACAAGGAUGCUGCAAAGCAAGGCAUAGCUGCUGGGGGCGCUGCGCGCUCGCAGCCUCUCUCUUUAAGACCCCGGAUGAGCAACGAUGAAGCCCGGAAGAUUCUGGGGUUCGGAUCGGACUGCCACGAAACGCUUGUUCGUGCUGACGAACAGUUGCUGGUGCGUUUUGACGACCCGGCGCCCGCGCUGCACGCCUGUGGACGCGUUUUAUUGUACGACGCAAGCAGUCACAGUCAGUUGAGAAGGAUUGGCGCCAUUGACAUUUCUGAAUCAACCACAGUCGCCCAUGAAGCGCCGUUGGCGUGCGCGCCUCGGGAUAGCCAGUGGCCUCGCCUCUAUUGGGCUUUUGUUGCCUGUUGGCUUACGUGGAUUUUCACCCAAGCUGUACAAGACCUCGCAAGUUCGCCUUUUUUCGCGAGGAUACGUUAUUCCCUAAAACUGCUAAAACCGAGCGCACUGCAGUGCGACCAGGCCCUCUACAAACGUCCCCCCAUGCGCGGAGCACCAGCACUCCAAUCAACGCAAAAGCAUGACGCGAAUAGUUUGCGGGUAGCAGGCGUUCUCGGGGGUCAUCAGCGCGUUCCCACCGGCUUGCAGUUCGAGUAUCACCUGAACACGGGGGGCACGCGCUGGAUAUCCAAGAAAUUCGCAAACAAAAAGCCGCCGUCGGCAGAUCAUCUCGCACAAACAGUACGGCAUCCCAAAGCCGUUAUGCUGGUGAGCUCGCCAACAGCCAAAGCGGCGCAAUAA